AUGGAAGGGGAUUUUGGGUUCAUUGGCCUCGGAAAUAUGGGAUACCAUAUGGCUGGAAAUAUACGCAAGAAGAUGGCGCCAACUACAACCCUACACGUCUUUGAUGUCGUUGCCGAAGCAUGUGAGCGGUUUGUGAAGAACUUUGGUCAGUUUGGUCCGAUUCAAAUUGCUCGGACCGCGAGAGAGGUGGCAGAGAAGUCUCAGACGGUGAUAUCUAUGAUUCCAAACGGCGGCAACGUGAAGGAAGUCUACCUCGACCCCCAAGACGGAGUCGUAGCGGCCAGCAAAUUUGCAGAUCGUUUGAUGUUGGAGUGUAGUACGAUCGAAGUCAAGGUUUCGCAGGACAUUGGACACUCAAUCAUGGAUGCCACUCAGGGACUCUAUGUCGACACGCCAGUUUCUGGAGGCGUUGCAGGCGCCGAAGCCGGGACUUUGUCAUUCAUGGUAGGCUUUGAGGGAGCACAUAACUCGGACCCGAAACGGAGACGCAUUCAAGGAAUUCUCAAUUCAAUGGGUUCCCCGGAACGAAUCACAUUCUGUGGGAAACUCGGUGCGGGCCUCGUGUGCAAAACUGUCAACAAUUACAUUGGUCUGAGCAAUAUAGUGACGACAGCACAAGGCAUGGCGUUCGGCAUCAAACAUGGAGUGGACAAGAUGACUCUUUACAAGUGCAUCAAAGGGUCGAGUGGUGACUCUUGGGUCAUGGACAACGCUCAACCAGUCCCCGGCAUUCAUGCUAAAUCAGCCUCUACAAAUGGAUUUCGGCCGACAUUUGCACCUCGUCUGUGUGUCAAAGAUGUGUCGUUGGCCCUGAAAGCGGCAAAGGAGACUGGCAUCGAAGCAUCAAUGGGCGAGGCAGCUUUGAAGAUCUUCAAGACGACGAAUGAUGACCCACGGACGACAGUGAGUUUUCCUUUUCUGUAUUCCCUCACAAGACUAGCAAGACUAAGUUUGGACGUGUAG